CAAACGUUUUAGUAGUUUUGUUUCAUGUUUAUUUAAAAGUUUAUUUAAAAAGUGAGUUAUAAAUGCGACGUAGAUAAUAAAAGCCUUUUCAGUAUGUCAGAUCAAAAUGUUUUAUCUGCCCCAACGGUGCAGCAAAUUCAAAAAGACCGGAUAACACAGCUUGCUGAAAAAUACUGGGCUCCUCAUUCCGCUGAAAAACAUGUAGCAUUCGAUCCAAAUGUUAUUGAAGACAUUUAUAUGCAAGACAUUCGGGGGAGCAAUUUUGCAAUCAGAAGAAUAAUGGUCCUAGAAUUCAGUCAAUAUUUAGAAAAAUUCUUGUGGCCUAAUUACAAACCCGGUGCUUCAAUUGCCCAUAUCUUGUCCAUAGUUGUUAUGGUUAAUGAAAAGUUUAGGGAAAGAGUACAAGAAUGGGAUGCCUUUAAAAAGCAAAAGGAACAUUUCCCAAACUUUUUCCAGAGGGUUCUUGAGGCCUGUCUUGAAGAUGAGUUACUAGUGACUUUAAGAGAGCAAACGGCUCUACUUGUAUUCCUCAAUCAUUGCUUUAACAGUAUGGAGGAAUCAAUUUGUAGAGAUCAAGUUAAAAGACUAGUUUCCUUGUCUAUGUGGGCUUCCUUACAGCCAAACCGUAGAGAGCAUGAAUUUAAAGUAAAUCCAAGAUGGAAGAAAUAUUGGAGAGCUAUUCAGAGGAAAGACAAGAAUGAGGAAUUAGACAAGCUGACUUGGGAAAGAACAUUUUUACACAAAUUAAUGUUAAAGUUUUUGUUGGUUCUUGAGAGCAUUGGUACUCAAGGUAUUUGUCCUCCAGAUAAGGUGCAUUAUUGUGAAAGAUUUUUGGAAUUAAUAAUUGAUUUGGAAGCAUUGUUGCCAACAAGAAGAUUUUUCAAUACAGUUCUGGAUGAUUGUCAUGUUUUGGUGAGAUGCUGGCUAUCUGGGUUAAUUAAACGACCAGAAGGACAUCUGUUUAGACAGCUACUGGACAUGCUUAAAUUCUACACUAGAUUUGAAAUUAACGACGAAACUGGAGAUCCGUUGAACGACCAUCAAAUGACACAGUUACACUAUGAAAAAAUAACGUCAUUACAGAAAGCUGCAUUUGCAAAGUUUCCGGAACUCAGAGCUUUUUCUUUGGCCAACGUUGCUAGUGUUAAUACAAGAAAAUCGCUAGAAAAACAUUUUGGUCCCCUGAGUCGAGAUCAACUAAGAGCUAUUGCAACUUACUUGUGUCUGGUGCCGCCACCCGGAGAAGAAGAAAAUUUUAAAUGGUGCAGAUUAGAUGAAGAGUUUUUAAAGGAAUUAUUGGUAUCGCGUCAUGAAAAACGCAUCUCUCAGUUAGUUGCUCUGAACGAGAUGCCUCUUUAUCCUACAGAACAAAUUAUUUGGGAUGAAAACAUUGUACCAACAGCUUAUUUUUCUGGAGAAGGAUGUCUAGCUUUGCCAAAAUUGAAUUUGCAGUUUCUAACAUUACACGAUUACCUUUUGAGAAAUUUUAACUUAUUCAGAUUAGAGUCCACUUAUGAAAUCCGUCAAGAUAUAGAAGACGCUGUCAGUCGUCUCUGUCCAUGGAAAGCGGAAGAUGGAAGUGUUUAUUGGGGUGGAUGGGCUCGUAUGGCACAACCAAUUGAACAUUUCGCAGUGGUUGAGGUAGCUAAACCAAACAUUGGCGAAACCAGACCUAGUAGAGUAAGAGCCGACAUAACUGUUAAUUUAUCCGUUAAAUUGGAUGUUAAAACUGAGUGGGAAAAUUUAAGAAAACACGAUGUUUGUUUUCUUGUUACCGUAAAACCACAGAAUCCUAUAGGAACAUACAGAUACAAAGACACUUUUAUACCUCAAGUAGGUCUUGAGUAUGUACGGGGAUGUGAAAUUGAAGGUAUGCUGGAUAGCAAUGGAAGAGUUAUUGAAGACGGACCAGAUCCAAAACCAGUAUUGCCGGGGGAUCGGCGCACCUUCAGAGUAUGGCUAGAUUGCAAUCAGUACAGGGAAGAUAUGAGUGAAGUGAAUAAGGGCAAAGAUGACGUUUACGAAGGUUUUAAUAUUAUUAUUAGAAGAAAACCUAAAGAAAAUAAUUUCAAAGCUGUACUGGAGACUAUUAGAGAACUUAUGAAUACUGAAUGUGUGGUCCCAGAUUGGCUUCAUGACAUUAUUUUAGGCUAUGGAGAUCCUAGUGCAGCUCAUUACAAAAGAAUGCCUAAUCAAAUAUCAACACUUGAUUAUAACGACACAUUUAUCGACGCUGAUCAUUUACGAUCCUGUUUCCCGGACUACCAAAUUCAAUUUAAAACUGAUGAUCCAAAAAAAUUAGUCAGGCCCUUUAGAUUAACUUUUGAAAAUUUAGCAAAAGAAGAGAAAGAGAAACGUAAUAUUCUCAUUGUGGAGCCUCAUAAAAUUCCCAGAAGAGGACCAUUUCAAUUUAAUGAACCAAGGAAAAAUAUGAUACCUUUCACUCCAACUCAAAUAGAAGCUAUCCACUCCGGUAUGCAACCAGGUUUAACUCUAGUUGUGGGACCUCCAGGUACUGGUAAAACUGACGUUGCUGUCCAAAUUAUAUCAAAUCUCUAUCAUAAUUUUCCAAAUCAAAGAACUUUAAUUGUAACUCACUCCAACCAGGCUCUUAAUCAGCUUUUCGAUAAAAUCGUCAAUUUGGAUAUUGAUGAGAGACAUUUACUGCGUUUGGGUCAUGGCGAAGAAGCUUUGGAAACUGAAAAAGACUUUAGUAGAUACGGUAGAGUUAAUUAUGUGUUGGCUAAGCGUAUUGAUUUAUUAAGGGAAGUUGAUAAACUGCAACAGUCACUUGGAGUUGAAGGCGAUCAAGCUUAUACUUGCGAAACUGCAGGUUAUUUUUAUUUGUAUCAAAUUUUGUCAAGGUGGGAACAAUUUUUGAGCGUAGUAAAAGCAGAAAAUGUACCAACUGAAACCAUUUUCAAAGAAUUUCCAUUUCAUCGAUUUUUUGACAAUGCUCCUCAGCCAUUGUUUAAAGGAAAAUCUUAUGAAGAAGAUUUAGAAGUUGCUGAAAGCUGUUUUCGUUAUAUCGAACACAUUUUCAAUGAACUUGAAGAAUUUAGAGCUUUUGAAUUACUUAGAUCAGGUUUGGAUAGAUCUAAAUAUCUGUUGGUAAAAGAGGCAAAAAUUAUUGCUAUGACUUGCACCCAUGCUGCUUUGAAGCGCAAAGAAUUAGUUGAGAUAGGAUUCAAAUAUGAUAACAUUCUGAUGGAAGAAUCGGCGCAAAUUCUGGAAAUCGAAACUUUUAUACCAUUACUGCUUCAAAACCCGCAAGAUAACUAUAAUCGUCUGAAACGGUGGAUUAUGAUUGGGGAUCAUCAUCAGUUGCCUCCUGUUAUAAAGAAUAUGGCUUUUCAAAAAUAUUCAAAUAUGGAACAGAGUUUGUUCACAAGACUUGUUAGAUUGGGAAUACCCACUGUGGAUUUGGAUGGACAGGGUCGUGCUAGACCGAGCAUUUGCAAUCUCUACAAGUGGCGUUAUAAAAAUCUGGGAAAUUUGACUCACGUGGAAGAGUGGCCCGAGUACCAAAGAGCAAAUGCAGGUUUUGUGUACGACUUUCAGUUGAUCGAUGUGCAAGAUUUCAACGGUGUCGGAGAAUCCGAACCGAAUCCAUACUUCUACCAGAAUUUAGCUGAAGCCGAAUAUUGCGUAGCUGUGUUUAUGUUUAUGCGCCUUAUUGGUUAUCCAGCCAGUAAAAUAACAAUUUUAACGACUUACAAUGGACAAAAACAUUUAAUAAGAGACGUAAUUAAUGCUAGAUGUGCUAAUAACCCAUUGAUUGGAAGGCCACAUAAGGUUACUACAGUGGACAAAUACCAGGGUCAACAAAAUGACUAUAUUUUACUUUCAUUGGUGAAAACAGCAGCCGUUGGUCAUAUUAGAGAUGUCAGACGUUUGGUAGUGGCCAUGUCUCGUGCCAGACUUGGACUUUACAUAUUUGCCAGGGUUUCCUUGUUCCAAAAUUGUUAUGAACUUACUCCUGCAUUUGAACAGCUAACAAAAAGACCAACAAAAUUGCACCUACACUUGAACGAACUCUAUCCCACUGAAAGAUUCAACAACGCCGAACCAAAUCUGCAACCAAUGGUAGUGGAAGACAUGACUCACAUGGCCAAUUAUGUUUACCAGUUUUAUAUAGACCGAGUGAAAGCGAUGAAAAAACAAUUUGAGCGUUCCCAUGGAAAUCAAUGGGAAAAACCUGGACACAUUGAAGGAAAAUCUCAUGAAGGAAUAAUUACGACGCAUCCAGGUGAAGAUAGAGAUACAGAUAGUGAAGAUGAGGGUGACAAUAAAUCACAAAUACCUGUGCCAAUACAGGAUGAGCCUAUUGAGGAAAAUAUAGCAGAGCAACCUCCAAUUAGAGAGUCUGUUGUUGAACAAAAUACUGAAGAACAAGUUCAGGUCAUUGAAGAUGAUGAUGAAGAAAUGGAUGGUAAUAGAGAUGAGGUUAUGGAUACUGGAGAAGCGCGUAGCGAUGAAUAAGAUUUUAAUUUGGUAUAAUUAACUUCAAUUAUAGGCAUUUUCUGUAUUUUUUUAUUUAUAAUUAAUUAAAUAAAUACAAUAAGUUCAACUUUACAAAAUUGUUUUAGACUUUUUAAAAUAGGUUAUCAAGUUUGCAGUUCCACUUGGACUUAUCAAUUAUUCAGCUAUUUUGUUAUCUUUUUCACUUGGUGUUGUGAUUUCUGAUUCAAUUUUCAAAUCUGAUGCACCUGGCUUACUAUUAUCUUCACUGUCAGAGCCCGAAGAGAGAAAGUCUUCAUCACUAUCUACCCAAAGUUUUGGUUUCUUUUUUGGUAUUUUAUUUUUACUAUCUUCAAUUUUCCUCUUGGACGUACUACAAGAAGCUUCCAACCCUUGUAAUACUGCAUCCUCUACUUUUUCUGGCAACACUGACCUUUCUUUGUCAUACUCUUCAUCUUUGAACUCGUGCUUAGGUUGCUCUAAUAAUUUCUCCAAUUUUUUUUUUUUCUUCUCUUUAGCUUCUUUUUCUCUGUCAGCUUGUUGAGCGACCCAUUUCUUUAACCUUUGCUCUUCAUUAAUGUCCCUUAAUCUUCUACCACUCAAAUCUCUACAGGCUUCUCUAUUAGUAGUUUUCUCAAUCUGCGCCCCGAUAGCCCGUAACAUAGAACCAAAUCCCCCUUUUCCUCCCAAGAUCCUUGGAACAAUAUGGACUGUCUCAGACACAUGUCCAGUGGUAACCCUGCGUCCAUUUGAUAGCAGGUAGAAUUGUUUUGAUGAAAGACCCAAAUCUUGAUUUAUUGUAGACCCAAGUUCGUCAACAGUUAAAGGAUUAUUGUAUUUAUAAAUUAGAAUCUUUCCAAAAAAUACCUCCAUAAUGAUAGCUUACCACGUAUUUUCUUCUGUAUCUGUUCAAAUUAAAGAUAUAGUAUAACGUUGGAUUUUUUGUACUGUAUUUUCCAGUAUAAAACAAAAUAUUAGAAACCAGAUUCAAACUUUAAAAAACACAAAUGAUAAACUGAAAAAGUGGUAAUAAUUGGUAUUGGGAACUGACUGGGAAGAUCCCUGGUACAACACAACAAAAACA